AUGUUUGUUUUUAGAAAUAAUAAUACUAUUUUUAUCAGUUAUUUUAUACUUUUAUUAUUGAUAUCGAAAACGAAUUCCAGUUGUACAGAUGAUUGGGAGUGUCCAAAUUAUCCAUAUCGUGUAUGUGUAGUGCCACCCAGUAGUAUUAGAAAAACAAAUACAACCAUAAAUAUAAUUUCAACUACAACAUCUACUACUAAUAGUAUUGCAACCAAUUCCAAAGGUAAAGUAGUAGAUUCAUCAAUUAAACUGAAAACGUUGGCUUUGGAUGAUUGUAAGUUGGUAGGUGGAUUGGCAUCCUUUGAGAAUACAACCUUCUUUUUGUUGAGUUGCCAUGAUAACCAGAUAGUUUCAGUCAGUUACGAAUCAGAUAAGCCUCUGGUGUUUGAAUCGGUCAUUGAUUUGCCAGUGGAAUUUCUAGUCAGUGUAGAUGUGGUCAAUAGUGUUGAUGAGCCUGAAAAUCCAAGCCGAGCCAGACGACCAGGUUACAAUAAAUAUUUUGUCAGUGGUGUCAACAAUACUCAAAGCUCAUCGAUUCACGUCUUGUCGAAUGGCGAAUACUAUGCACGAUCUUCAUUCGGUAUGUCGCCAGCUGGUACAUUGUAUAGCAAUGAAUUCUACUCGUGUUCCAAUAGCUCCAUUGUCAAGAACAACUAUGACGAGUUGGACAUGUUUGUCAAGCAAAUCAAGUUGUACAACACCAACAAUACUUGCUCGGCACUGACCAUCUCUGAGAAGGAUAUCUUCUGGGUCGAGGACAACAAGUUGUUUUUCGCUUGUUUGAAAUGUGGUGACGCCUAUGGCAAUUCCAAUGUCGCCAUAGAUAUAACACCGUCGGACAUCAACAAGGCAGAUGGAUACACCGAAACAUCAAACUCGGCAAGCAUCAAACAGAUCGAGUUUCACAAGGACAGUCUUUAUAUAUUGACAAACAAAGGAAUCUACUGGAUCGAUACGGUGAAUGGUGGAUUCAAUCAACUGAUUCAUAGCAACAACGACAUUAGCAACAUGUUGAUAUUUGACGACAACAGGACGAUCAUCAUGAGAAACAAGACUACUAUCGAAGAGUUGAUAGAUGGAAAGUUGAAUAAAGUAGUUUGGCCAGCUUCAACCAUGAGUCUUGCCAACAACACUGUAUUAUUACCAAUAGCAGAGAAAGGAAUAAUUAAAAUAAAUAGUAUUAGUACAACUACAACAUCAUUAUCUCCAAGUUCCACAACAAAUGAUAAUAUUAAUAACAACAAUAACAAUAGUACGGUAAUCACACCACCACCAAGUAGCUACUGUAAAUGUAUUAUAGGUUUCUUUGGUGAUGAUUGUCUAGAAUGUGACGGAAUCAAAUCAUUUAUUAAUGGUAUUCCACAUUGUAUAAAAAAUGUAUAA